CGGGAUCUUGUCGGAGACAGUCGGUAAUUUCCCCAUUUGCGCAUAUGUAUACGCUCUAAAUGCCAGGUACAUAUCUCCGAAUAAUGACCAAAUAAAGACUACCUAAUUACUAUUUCUUACCUUUGAUAAUAAUUACAACUGGAAUUUCACCUAUACCCUCUUGACCUUCUCGAAUUUUAAUCAACCUACGUAGUAUACUGCCGGCCUAUGAUGCAUAAAGACCUUUCAAAAGAGUCGUUUAUGAGGAGGACCUGUUAAGAAUGCGCCGCCAUUCGCUUCGCACCCCUCCUGUGCGACGUUUCUCUGCCCAGACCAUCGUAAAACUCCAGCCAGGACGCCACAUAUGCACUCGAUGCUUGACAACGAGGGCGGGUGAAAGCCGACAAGGGACGAUCAGCUCUUCUGCAGCCAGUCCCAGGCCAUCAUCCGCCAUCUUGACAUGGCCCACUUUCUCGCCGAUCGCAUCCAGACGUUUUGCGACCGUUGCGACACCCUCUUUAGAGAAUGCUCACGUACCCGAUAAUCAUGGCCCGAUUCAAGAAUACGAUCGGCGAGUGCGGGAAGGGCGCAUCCGAGAGGACCAGCACCAACGCGGGAUUAUCCAGAAUUUGCAAAAUUUGCACGACGAACUGGUUCAUUACCGAGCGCAACCCGUUGUGCGUCUGAACCUCGGAACUUUAAAACCGACCAAAUCAUUAUUUUCGUGGUUCGGACCGAAGCCGGCCUCUAGAGCCAUACGAGAGAUUCCAGCCAAUCUGCCGCGAGGAUUAUAUUUGUACGGCGAUGUCGGGAGUGGGAAGACGAUGCUGAUGGACCUCUUCUACGACACAUUACCGAGUUCCGUCCAAUCUAAGACCAGAAUACAUUUCCAUAACUUCAUGCAGGAUGUACACAAGAGGUUACAUAAGAUGAAGAUGACGCACGGAAACGAUAUAGACGCAGUCCCGUUUGUAGCAGCCGAUAUCGCAAAGAAGGCGAAUGUUCUGUGUUUCGACGAGUUUCAGUGUACCGACGUAGCUGAUGCGAUGAUCCUACGAAGGCUUCUAGAGUCGCUAAUGUCCCACGGAGUUGUUCUCGUGACGACGUCGAACCGACACCCGGAUGAGCUGUAUAAAAACGGAAUUCAGCGCGAAUCCUUUAUUCCGGCGAUCCACCUUCUAAAGUCGCGGCUGCAUGUCAUCAAUCUCGACUCUCCUACUGAUUACCGCAAAAUCCCGCGGCCGCCGUCCGGGGUCUACCAUACGCCGCUCGACAAUCAGGCAGCGUUGCACAUAGAGAAGUGGCUCCGGUUUCUCGGCGAUUCCGAUGCGCCAGAACCUCACCCAGAAACCCAAAAGGUCUGGGGCCGCGAAAUCCACGUUCCAAGAGUCAGCGGUCGCUGCGCUUGGUUCACUUUCCAAGAACUAAUCGGCCGUGCGACGGGCGCGGCUGACUACCUCGAGCUGAUGCGCUGCUACGAUGCGUUUAUCAUAUCCGACGUGCCCGGCAUGACAUUCCGGGAGCGCGAUCUGGCGAGACGUUUUAUUACAUUUAUUGACGCUGUCUACGAAUCCCGCGCUAAGCUCGUUCUUACUACAGCUGUUCCCCUAACGGAAUUGUUCAUCUCACCCCAAGAAUUACGGGAGUCCCUGAAAAGGGAUGGAAAGCCCGUAGACGAUGAUGAUGACGAAUCGACUAGCCACGCCAUGCAGCACAUGCUCGAGGACGUGAACAGUAAUAUUGACCAGUUGAAAAACUCGAGUCUGUUCUCCGGCGAUGAAGAGCGCUUUGCGUUUGCGCGAGCGCUAUCGAGACUGAGCGAAAUGUCUAGCAAGGAGUGGGUUGAACGCGGUAUGGGUCUAGAAAGUUCGGGGGGCAAACAGGAGAGGGACGGUUGGGCAAAGACCCGUAGUCGACAGAUGGAGGAUAGUAUGUGACCUAUGCGAUACGGAUUAGAUAGAGCCCGCCCUACUACACACUAGCAUGGUUUGGCGUUUAUUGUUAGCUCGACGGUUUAUUACGGGACGCAUACAUACAUAAAACGGCGGCGAGUGGGCUACAGUUUUGUGGCUAGAGGGCUUGAUACCUCCUUACAUCGUAGAUUUUGCGCUAAAGAUAUACGAGAUCAUGAAAUCCGCCUGGCUGUGCUUUUAUUAGCCUAUCCAAGUUUGCGUGAUAUGAUAAGUUUUCUUUUAUGCUUCGGGCGUAC